AUGCCUGAUAUCUCAACACCAGCCGCCACCUCACCUCUAGACGACGCCAGCCCCAACCGUGCGAAUACGCUCCGCCUGACCCUACCGGCUGGUGCACAGAACCAUUACCGUCAGCUAAGUCCUCCGUCAGUGGUGGAAGGUAUCCUGUCUUUCCCAGGGGCCGACGACACUGGUGAAAUGGACGGUGUCAGUAUCACUCAGUCGUCAUUAGAGAAGUUAUUGAACAUUUCGGAGGGUACGACUCCUGCCUUGCCUUCAGAGUCACUUAAUAAGUCUAAUUUACUCCACGAACCUCAUGACACUGCUGAAGAACAUCUUGAAGAUAUAUUACAUCAGCCUUCAGAGAGCGAAAACUCUUUUGAUGUGAGAAGAAAAGUGUAUCUGCAAGGCUCAAACUCCUUGAAUGCUCUUGGACUUCUUAAUAGUUAUAUGUUCCAGGGGAAUGUUUCUCGGCGACUUGGAGAACGUCUUGGUAUCAGAGACAAUGGUCUCUCACCCACCUCAGCUCAGGUCCUCCCAUCCCAACCUGGCGGGUUAGUUUCCACAGGGAGGCAAGAUUUGAGCCUUCGUCCAGCAUCACCCCGGCUUGAUCCGGUGGGCGAUGGUACCAAGUCGGAGAUAUCAAGACACAUCACAUUUUCCGAAGUAAAUGUCACUUCUUCAACAUAUGCCGGACCGGCACAGACUCCUAGACCUCUCUAUCCUGCCUUCCAUUCCGGUCGUCCUACAGCCACUACGUUAGCACCAACUACGAUACAACAUAAUCCUCCCAUUCUGCAGCGGCCCUCAGUGUCACAUGAUCAAGAUGCUUCACAGCAGAUUGUUUUCCCCAAUAUUGAUUCCCAACAGCAAAAGUCUCAUCAACAAACUCAGUUUGAAUUGCUUAUUCAAACGAAAACUAAUCCAAACCCGCCACUCAGCCUCAAACAUACAACAGAUAAACUUAACCCAAAGACUGAAAACAAGCAACAGAUUCAAAUUGAGUCGUCCAGUGUCCCUGGUGGGAGAUUGUAUCAGGAGGACGUUGUUAGACAAGUCUCCCACGACCCGCGUCGACGAUUCCCACGACCUCCUUCUGUGUAUUCCUCUACUGCUUCAGGUGCACUGCGUCCGUCCCCAGACACUUCCACUGCUUCAGGUGCACUGCGUCCGUCCCCAGACACUUCCACUGCUUCAGGUGCACUGCGUCCGUCCCCAGACACUUCCACUGCUUCAGGUGCACUGCGUCCGUCCCCAGACACUUCCACUGCUUCAGGGCUCAGGACUGUUCCAGGCCGGCACGGUCUCCUAGGACUCAACAGGACACUUCAUACUCCUGCACCAUCUACUUCUGACUCAUUCUCUUUUUCCUCAUCCCUUCCUGCCACGUCCUCUCCUGCCUCACCCACCCCUGCCUCAUUCAGUUCUGCCUCACCCACCCCUGCCUCAUUCAGUUCUGCCUCACCCACCCCUGCCUCAUUCAGUUCUGCCUCACCCACCCCUGCCUCAUUCAGUUCUGCCUCACCCACCCCUGCCUCAUUCAGUUCUGCCUCACCCACCCCUGACUCAUCCCCUCCUAAAAAUAAUGGCGAGGAGAAGGCUUCCUUGCAACUCUCACACACAUCAAGCCACCAUGAUGUUGUCAGCCACUCACUAAUACAGCAUUCCUCUCCGUCGCCAAUGCAAGCUCUUGCAGUUGGCCAAGUGACUCCAUAUAAGAGUACAACUCGUGCAGCCACUACAGCGACUCCGUCAGUAGCAGUGCCAGCCCCUACACUGUCCCCACCUGCUGACUACACUCUGUCAGCAGCAGUGCCAGCCCCUACACUGUCCCCACCUGCUGACUACACUCCGUCAGCAGCAGUGCCAGCCCCUUCAUUGUCACCACCUGCUGACUACACUCCGUCAGCAGCAGUGCCAGCCCCUACAUUGUCACCACCUUCUGACUACACUCCGUCAGCAGCAUUGCCAGCCCCUACACUGUCCCCACCUGCUGAAUACACUCUGUCAGCAGCAGUGCCAGCCCCUACACUGUCCCCACCUGCUGACUACACUCUGUCAGCAGCAGUGCCAGCCCCUACACUGUCACCACCUGCUGACUACACUCCGUCAGCAGCAGUGCCAGCCCCUACACUGUCACCACCUGCUGACUACACUCCUGUCCCCUCCCAAGUUACUGUCAUUCAGCAAGGUGUCUUCAAGAGACAAGUCUUUGUUAGCAGCGAAAACGUCGCGGUUACCAGCUGA